AUCUGCCACCAGUGCAAGCGACCUGCUAAGUGAUUAAUAGUGCUCAUUAGCAUAGCCUCUGUGUGUGUGCGUGUGUUUUGAGUGGUAACAAGCAUAGCUUCAUUGUGACAAACAAAAUUGGAUUGUUCCUAGAUAGUAGUUAGUUUUCUCGUUGUAUAUUAGACAAGAAAGAAGUCUUACAUAAAAAGUAGCAAUCUUACAAGAAUAAAGUUAUAUAUUUUUCAGGAAAAAAAUUAUAGUGUGAGAAAAGUUAACAUUUUUGAGAAAAAAAAGUAUAUUUUCAAGUAAAAAGGUGUACUCUUUGACAAAAGAAAAAGGUGUUUACGAAUAAAGUAGAGUAUUUUGGGAGACGAAAGUAGUAAUCGUUUAAGAAUUGCUUUUUUUUAAGAAAAAAAGUCUUGUUUUCUACUUAAAAAUUCUUAAAUUUUCAAGAUCAAAAGUAUAGAAUUUUCAAGAAAAAAGUUGCAACCUUAGGACAAAAAAGUCAGAAUCUUAAACGACUAAUCUUUUUCGGAGAAAGUAGUAUUACAAAAAGAUUCUUACAUUUUCGAGACCAAAAGUUGUGAAUUUUAAAGAAAAAUUUGUAUUCUUAUUCAUUAUUUUGGGGGGGAAAAGUAGUAAAAGUAGUAGAAUAGUUGAAUUUUUCAGGAAAAAGUCAUGUUUUCUACUUUUAAAAAUUCUUACCUGUUCUAGAUCAAAGGUCAACAAUUGUCAAGAAAAAAGUACUCUUAUGACAUAAAUUUUGUGACGGUAAAAGAAUAAAUUGGAUUUUUUUUUAAAAUUAAGCUGGUUCUUUAGCAAUGUUUCUUGAACAGUUGUAUAUUUUGGAGGACAAAGUCAUACAUUUCAAAGAAAAAAAAGUAUGCUUUUUAGAUCGGUUAUAAUGAGAAUAAAGUUGUAUAUUUCAUUAUUAUUUCAUUAUGUAUAUAUUCAUUAUUAUUAUGUAUAUUCAUUAUUUUCAUUUCAUCCUACAAGGUCAAAAUGUAUAUUUUUGGAGAAAAACAUAUAUUCUUGAGAUAAGACACAGACAUCACACAUGACAAAAGUUGCAUAAUUUUGAUAAAAGUCAUGUGUGUUUUUAUUUUAAACAAAGUUGCAGAUUCUCCUGAAUAAAUCCUAUAUUUUCAAAAAAAAAAAAAAAAUUAAAAUGAUGUAUAGUUUUGCAAUUCUUGAAUUGGGUUUGAUCACACUCGCUGGCCUCAAUACCUUUAUUGAUAAGAAAAUAUUUGGAUUAAGGCCCACCCUGACAGAUGAACCCCACCGCGCCCCUCCCUCACUCACUGACUCCCCACGUCCCAUGUGAAGGCGGUUUGCACUCAUUUUUACCUGUCGAUCAAAGAGGACCGAGGAAGAAACCGUUUUAGCACAGAGCAACGCUUCACAUUGACUUGUAAUUUGAGGUCAAAUCAAUCGGGCAAAAGGAAAACCUGCGUCACGACCCUUGGAAACCAGUAGGGUUCUUGCUCAGACCAGUUGGAAGGAGACUGGUGGAAAAUGGUGACAGUAGGGUGUCAAAGUCAGUUGGGUUCUUGCCUAGACAUACAAUCAAAGUCAAACUUUUGACUUUGAUUCAAGUAAGCUUUUUUUCUGAAAAAUAUACAACUUUUUUUCUAAAUAUGUAACUUUAUUCGCAGUUAGGAUUCUGACUUUUUUCUUUCACAUACAUAAUAAAAAUCUUGUAAGAUUACAUCUUGUAAAAAUAUUACUUUUCUCUCAAAAAUAGAGUUUUUUCAGAAAUACUCAACGAUUUACUUUAUUCUUAAAAAUAGACUUUUUCUCGAGAAAAUUCGAUUUUUUUUGUCUUGAAAACAUAACUUAUCUAACGGACAAUUAGAACCUUAUUCUGUUAAGACAAUUAAGGCUCAAGUCAAGCUCUCUUCAAAGAAUCUCGAUGCCACUAUUGAUUUUGAGCGUGUGCGGCAAAGCUGCUGCCGUCGUAUCUAUAGCGGCUCGGUCGAUACUCUAUUAGCAUGCCAGUUGCGUGUGUACGCGUGUGCGUGCGUGUGUGUGUGUCGGGAGGGAGGGAAGGACCACCGGAGCGAGGGUAAUGUUGGCGGAGGCUUAGUGCAUAUUCACUGAGCGGCACAGUUUCCCCUACAAGUCGUCUUUCUUCACAGGGACUCUCAAUAGGACCAAAGGUUCCUAUCUGUGAUUUCUUGAUUGGACAGGUCUGGUGGGGAUUGAGCGUGGGUGUGCUCAGUGAUACAGUGACAUAAGGCUUUGGUGGAGAGGAAAGAGGCGGCAGCCCGAGCCAGCUCCACAUAAAAAUAUCUGUGUGGAGCCUCAUGGAGCUCAUUCCGGUUACCCAGUCUGGCAUCCCUCCGUCCAACUGGAGACUCCACUCCACCACUGCCUCCUCGCUUUUCAACACAACCCACAACUACACAGAGGAAGAAGAUGAAAAAAUGUUUUCAGGGUCGGGAGGCCAACUCCCGAGCCUGGCGGGGGUCUUCAUCCCGCUCAUCUACGGCAUGGUGUGCGCCGUGGGCCUGGCGGGCAACACCCUUGUGAUCCACGUCGUUGUCAACCACAGCCGAGGGGCGUCAGCCACCAACAUCUACAUCCUCAACCUGGCCGUGGCCGACGAGCUGUUCAUGCUGGGCCUCCCGUUCCUGGCGGCCCAGAACGCUCUCCUCUCCUGGCCUUUCGGCUCGCUCCUCUGCCGGGUGGUGAUGACGGUGGACGCCAUCAACCAGUUCACAAGCAUCUUCUGCCUGGCUGUCAUGUCGGUGGACCGCUACCUAGCCGUGGCGCAGCCGGUGCGGGCGGGACGGUGGCGGCGCCCCCCGGUGGCCAAGGCGGUGAGUGCGGCGGUGUGGGCGGGAUCCUUUGUGGUGGUGCUUCCGGUGGUGGCGUUCGCCGACGUGAGGCAAGGUGACGGCGAUUGCGGCAUCGUGUGGCCCGAGCCGGCCGAGCUGUGGAAGACGGCAUUCAUCGUGUAUACCUUCACGGUGGGAUUCUGCUUCCCCCUGGUGGUGAUCUGCAUGAGCUACCUGCUUAUUGUCAUCAAGAUCCGCAGCGUCAGCAAACGCGCUCAGGCGACAUCCUUGCACCGUCGUCGAUCCGAGCGUAAGGUGACCCGCAUGGUGGUGGUGGUGGUGGCUGUGUUUGUGCUCUGCUGGCUCCCCUUCUAUGCCCUCAACAUCGUCAACCUUCUGGUAGUUCUUCCCGGGGACCUGCGCGGCCUCUACUUCUUCGUGGUGGCUCUGUCCUAUGCAAACAGCUGCGCCAAUCCCAUCCUAUAUGCCUUCCUGUCCGACAACUUCAAACGGGGGUUCCGCAAAGCUCUGUGCUGGGCCUCCCGCCGGGUAUGCAACCACGAGAGGGCAGACACCGACGGGCGGCGACCCACCGAGGAGGGGGGCGGCAUGGCCAUGCACGGGCCGAGGAGCCGGGAGGAGGAGGGGGCCCAGUGCCAGGAAGAGAGCCCACAAAAGAUGUCCCAAAACGGGAUACAAUGUCCAGAAGGUUCUGGGACGUUGAGGACACCGGAAGUGGAGGACAGAGGACAAGAGGAGGGAGGGCCAAAGUCACACAAUGAGAAGUCAGCACUGGAAAUCAGCUGCUUGUGACCGCAUUUUCACAACAUGCCAAGCGUCCAAUCAAGUUGCUCCAUCACUACAUCGCUUGCGGCCACUAGGGGGUUGUUUUGGUGAGUGAUUCUAGUGUCACUUGUCCAGUGGUGUCAAACUAAUUUUUGUCACGGGCCACAUUAUAGUUACUGUUGUUUUUCCAUGUAUGCUUAAUGUUGGUCAAAUGUUUAGUUUUUUGUAUAUUAAAAUAUAUGGAAAUAAAUAUAUAUC